AUGACUUAAAGGAGGUGCUCACAGUGGCCACUUGUGUGUGUGUGCGUGCGUGUGCGCGCGCGUAAAGCAGCGAGACACACACACCCCCAUGCUACUAGCGCGGCUCUUCUUCCACACGACACACACCCGUAAGACAUUCAUCUCGGCACGACGACUUCACCUUCUCAUCGAAACGCUUUCUGUUCCCCGCAAACACGGACAUUUAAAGCGCGCAAAGCCCCGCGCCGCCUCCUUCUCCACCUUUCGUUCGCCAGCAGCAGCUGUUCGCCGGCGAGGGAGCGACAUCCUCCUCCUCCUCAUCAUCAUCAUUAUCAUCACCACCAUCAUCAUGUCAGCGCUGCUUCUCCUUUUCCCGGCGCUCCAAGGCUUCCUGGUGGCUCCUGUCUGUGGAUUUGAUGAAGGCUCUGGAGAAGGCUACAGUGAAUUCGAACCAGUGGUGCAAAUCCAUUACACCCCCAAGCUGGACUACAAAAAUCCACGCUGGUGCCACACCUUCAGUCUGCAGAACGGGGAGGUGACCUGUCACUCCCCCCUGGGAGGGCACCACCGUAGCACCCUGGGAACACGUUGCAAAUUGACCUGUGACCACGGGAGCCAGUUGGUAGGGCCAGCAGCCGUGCAGUGCUUGCCCACCCGACGGUGGUCUGGCAUGCCCUACUGUCGUCAGAUUCGCUGUCACGUGCUGCCUACGAUCUACCACGGUACCCUGAGCUGCACCGAUGGUGUGCUCGUGGACUCCAGAUGUGACUAUACAUGUGACCCGGGAUACCAGAUAGAGGGGGACCGCACACGUACUUGCCUCGAGGAGGGCAAAUGGAGCGGGACGGAGCCCACUUGUGAAGACCAUGACCCGCCAAUGAUUAAGUGCCCUCGAUCCCGAGUCAAGAUUGCAGCACCGGGAAAGCUGACAGUCAAAGUGACCUGGGAACCUCCAGUUGUCAAGGAUACCGCAGACACCAGGCUGACUGGUGUGACACUGAUGGGUCAGGAGCCAGGUUCAGACUUCAAGGAGGGGAUCCAUGUCAUCCGUUAUAAAGUGUACGACCAGGCCAGGAACAAGGCGACCUGCAAGUUCAUCAUCCGAGUGGAAGUUCGGAGGUGUCCGAUCCUUAAGGCGCCGCUCCACGGGUACCUCAGAUGUGACUCAGGCGGGAACAACUACGGGGCCGUGUGCGAGCACCUCUGCGACGGGGGCUAUGAGCGGAGGGGUCCCGCCACCCGGGUGUGCCAGUUCAACCGCAGCUGGUCAGGGUCUCCUCUGACUUGCGUCACGAUGGAGAUAAACACAGACGUCCGAACAGCUGCUGCACUGCUGGACCAGUUCUAUGAGAAGAGGAGGCUACUCGUCGUUUCCACACCUGACAACUCCAACCAGUAUUAUAAGCUGCAGAACAUUAUGCUGCAGAAAGCCAGCUGCGGCCUUGACCUGCGGCAGGUGACGGUGAUCGAGCUGCUGGGAAGUCCUCCUCGAGAGGUGGGCCGCAUCAAGGACCGGCAGCUGGACGAUCAUGUCAUCGAGGAGCUUAGGCAGGUCCUCCGGAUCUCCAGGUCCUACUUCAGUCUGGUGCUGUUGGACGAGUACGGGGUCGAUCGCGAACGCUUCAUUGCGCCCACCGCCGCAGAUGAGCUCUACUACUACCUUGACACCUACAUCCUGAGUGAAGAGGAGCGGGAGCGUUUGGAAAAGCAGAGGGACUACUGCGAGUAAGCUGCUGGCUGCCUGAGCCAGAUGCCAGCCAGCUGAAAACCGAGGUCCACAGAGCGCUGUAUAAAAUGGAUAAGGUGCAGAAAGGCAUCAUCCCAGGACGACGUUGAUGACGAACGUUCACUGACAGCCAGCGUGUGUUUCCAAGGGCCCAAGUGCUCAUCCAGCGGCUGUAAAAUGACCUCGAGGGUGGGCGUGGCAAAGAGUGGACAAUUUCCAUUUCGAAAUCAAAGCACACGAAUAGCAGCUAACAGCAGCAGUUAGGCUGAAUUUAAAAUAAUUGGAGAAAAUGUUGGCAAUAACAGGGAUUUAGGCAGAUUGCAUUGUGCCGCAGAAAAUUCUCUGUAGGGCUUGAAAGUGGAGGGAUUGCCUUAGAGCUCAGUGUUAGAGCAGGUUUACAGAGGAUCUGUCUGUCCCAUGGAGAUUUGCUUUCAUGUAGAGCCUUAUUAUGCAAAUGCUUGCACAACCUUUUUGUAAAAAGAGAAAAGUGCAAUCUCAAAUCCCCGACAAUCCAGGAAAAAGAGAAAUGUCAUUUAAAUGCAUUAAAACUUUGAUAGAGAAUUUCAAAAAAACCAGUCUUUAAAAAGUCCUACUUUCUGUCACAGGUCACAGAGAGACAGACACACUGUGGUUUAAUAGCUGCACGUAUAUAGAACUUAAAGAGGGAAAAAGUUACAGAGACAAAACUGAAAUAUUACAACUUAAUUUUAGACAGCCAUGUCAUAGAAACUAAUUCUACUAUAAAAGCGAAAGCCUCAGCAAACAAAUUUACCAGGCUUUGAAUUAUGGUGUCAAAUCAAUAACAUCAUAUUUUGCAUUACUACUAAUUUUUAUGCUGAAUUAAUGGUUUUUAUGAAUCAUUUAUAUUAAUUCAUAACCCUUCAGAUAUUGUUUUAAAUAGAGAUAUGAAAAGACUUGUCACAUUCCUUUAUGCUUGUCUUAUUUUUUAAGGAAAAAAGUUUCCC